AGAGUUAUCCACCCCUACGUGUUGUUUGAUUUGGCAAGAUGGCGGACUUGUGAAAGAGGGUUGGUAAACCAGAAAUGAUGGUUUUCAGAUCUGGAAUCCAGCUGUCCUGGAAACCAUGGCCAGUAAGAAAGUAGAUAUAAACACAGCAAAUCUUCAGGACUUUGCUCAGCUGUCUGGAAUAGGGGUCAGAAAGGCACAAGCAAUAAUCAAAUACAGGAAGGCAGUGGGAGGUUUUUCCAGUAUAUCUGAUUUGAGUGAAGUACCGGGGCUUGGUUAUGGCAUCAUAGAACAGAGCAGGAAUUGUUUGGUGUGUAAAGUGGCGUCCAAGUCCAGACACCGUGCUGCAAGGGGGAGGAAAUCCAAAAGUGAUGUAGAAGCUGUUGAGAGUGAUGUCCCUGUUGAAUCCCCCCGACCUUCCACUAGCGCUGGUCGUUCAUUGCGGUCUCGCCUCAUUGAGACCCCGAGCACAUCACUGUCAGAUGAUAGCAGUACCCUCAGUCAUGGAAAGUCCGAGGGAGGAACAUCGUCAGAGACAGUGAGGAGGGAGGAGGAAGAUGAUGAUGAUGGAGACGUGGAGGAGGAUUGGAGUCCGGAGGGCCAUAGACCUCAUGUUUCAGAUGACGAUGUGAGUAGUCCCACAGAAUUAGACUCUGCCCCGCCCUCUCCUCAAGACAACAGACGCAUACAACGAGUGAAUCACCAACGCUCACGGAUUCCUGUUCUUGUUGGCAAGAUGAAAAGAAAAAGUUAUGGAUGUAGAGAGGAAGUUUGGAUCCCACCAUUUAAAAGGCCUUGUCGUCCGGAUGACUUUGACAGUCAGAGUACCUUCGGAAAUUUGAAGAAGACCACAAUCAUUCCAUCCUAUGCUGGGGGCCAUCGUCCCAGAAUUCCCUCCAAAGACAACCCCCCUCCCAGGCUCAUGGAGUGGCUACAAACUUUCCAGACCUGGAGUAAUGCAGAACGUCUGAUGGCUGUGGAUGAACUGAUUCAGAUCUGUGAACCCACUCAAGUACGACAUAUGAUGCAGGUCAUCGAACCUCAGUUCCAGAGGGACUUCAUCUCAUUACUGCCAAAAGAGUUGGCCUUGUAUGUGCUAUCAUUCCUUGAGCCAAAAGCCCUAUUAAAAGCAGCUCAGACGUGUCGUUACUGGCGUGUAUUAGCCGAGGACAACCUUCUGUGGAGGGAGAAGUGUAAGGAGGAGGGGAUUACCGAAACUCUGGUAUAUGGUUCGAACCGACUCCGGCGCAGAACAGCCUGUCGUAGUCCAUGGAAGGCCCUCUAUAUGAGGCAGCAUCAGAUAGAACAGAACUGGAGGGCAGCCGAUCUCAGAAGUCCGAAGUUGCUGAGAGGGCAUGAUGAUCAUGUCAUCACUUGCUUAGAGUUCUGUGGUUCUCGUGUGGUUAGCGGUUCAGAUGACAACACACUCAAAGUGUGGUCGGUCAUCACAGGAAAGUGCUUAAGGACCUUAGUGGGUCAUACAGGAGGUGUGUGGUCCUCUCAGAUGGAGGAUAAUAUUAUCAUUAGUGGCUCAACAGACAGGACACUCAAAGUGUGGAAUGCUGACACUGGGCAAUGCAUCAACACAUUGUAUGGUCAUACAUCUACUGUCAGGUGUAUGCACCUUCACAAAAACAUAGUUGUGAGUGGUUCCCGGGAUGCCACACUCAGAGUGUGGGAUAUCCACAGUGGUGUGUGUAAACACGUACUGAUGGGCCAUGUAGCUGCGGUCAGGUGUGUGCAAUAUGAUGGGAAACGGGUGGUCAGUGGUGCUUACGAUUAUAUGGUGAAGGUGUGGGACCCUGAGACGGAGACAUGUAUACAUACUCUGCAGGGACACACCAACAGGGUGUACUCAUUACAGUUUGAUGGUAUCCACAUUGUGAGUGGAUCGUUAGACACCUCCAUCAGAGUGUGGGAUGUCGAAUCGGGGAACUGUUUACAUACACUGAUUGGCCACCAGUCUCUGACCAGUGGCCUGGAGUUGAAGGACAAUAUACUGGUCUCAGGAAAUGCUGAUUCUACAGUUAAAGUGUGGGACAUUACUACUGGACAGUGCUUACAGACUCUACAAGGGCCAAACAAACAUCAAAGUGCUGUGACUUGUCUCCAAUUCAAUAAAAAAUUUGUCAUCACAUCAUCAGAUGAUGGAACUGUGAAAAUUUGGGACUUGAGAUCUGGAGAUUUUCUUAGAAAUUUGGUUUCCCUGGACAGUGGAGGAAGUGGGGGUGUGGUGUGGAGGGUUCGCUGCAGCAACACUAAACUGGUGUGUGCCGUGGGAAGUCGGAAUGGCACCGAGGAAACUAAACUCUUGGUUUUGGACUUCGAUGUAGAAGACAAAAAAACUUGAGAUACUAGUGUCUAUGUAUAUGUGUGUUUGUGAUAACUCCAGUGCUUUAAGCAUAUGGAGUGUUGGUUUAAUGCAAUUACUUAUCACGGGUCAAGAGUGCUACUGCACACUAAUAAAACAUUUUGGGCAUGAUGCUUCAAACAAGUUCACCCUGUUGAUUGAGAUGUCAGUUUCAUCAUCACUUGUCAAUGGUUAGUGUAACAUUACUGUGUCAAACUGUGUGAGGGUCUCGGUGUACUAGCGUGAUUAUUCAUACCCAACAACAUAAAUGUUUGUGAAUGUGUGUUGUCAGAAAACUAGGGGCAUUCUAUAUGUGGACAGUGUGCUGUAUCUGUUGCAUUCACAAUAUGGCCAGCAAACAAUUUUAUUGGUUAAUCAUGAAAUGAUCAUUCUGUAUUUAAGAGGGUUGUGAAUUAUCCAAAGAAGGGUGUCUAGUCAAUGUGUGAACAUUUCUGAUAAAAUUCUGAUGAAAAAGCAGUUCUCAUUGCAAAAUACCUGUGAUUUGCACUUCUUUUAAUGAGCAUAUUUUAUCAAAUUGAUAUUUUCUACCUUCUGUUCCUGUUGCAGUUUAAAUGUAUAUCAAAUAAAAACAGUAAAAACCAA